AUGACGUUCCUGCUCCGAGGCUCGUUCGCCGGUUGUCUUUUCAAGCAGCUGCUCUCGGGAAGCAACGUCGAGCGAAGUGAGGAAGAACAACAAACAAAAUCCAACAAUGCUGAAUUGCAACAUAUCGCCCCAACACCGGACGAACAGGGCAACAUCCUCGUGACAUUCGAUGGCAAAGAUGAUCCUGAAAACCCACUGCAUUGGUCAUUCGUCAACAAAUCCAUUGCUACGGCGGUGCUCAAUUUCUACGUCUUCGGGAUCUAUGUCGGCUCCUCACUGUACACCUCGAGUCAAGACGAGAUCAUUGCGAGAAUCGACGUCAGCCGAACUAAAGCAGAGCUGGGACUGGCACUUUACGUUCUGGGAUAUGGUGCAGGCUGUCUUCUCUUCUCGCCGCUAAGCGAAGUCCCAGCAAUUGGCCGGAAUCCGCCAUAUAUUGUAUCUGGAGGACUCUUUGUCGUGCUUUGUAUUCCAACGGCACUCGUCGACCACUACCCUGGAUUGAUGGUCCUUCGGUUCCUUCUCGGCUUCGUGGGCUCUCCUUCCCUGGCUACAGUCCCCGCCUCGCUAGCCGAUAUCUGGGGACCGGCAGUAUUCCCGAUCCAGAUCGCGCUAUUCGCUGCCAUCGCCACGCUAGGGCCCUCCCUGGGUCCUGUCAUAUCAGCACACGCCCUCCCGACCCUAGGCUGGCAGUUCUGGGCUUGGGAGUUGCUCAUAAUAUUCGGCCCGGCAUACCUCCUCAUGUUCUUCCUGCUUCCCGAAACAGCAGCGCCCACAAUCCUAUACCAACGAGCGAAGCGAUUGAGGGAGAUAACUGGAGAUACUCGGAUCACCUCAGAGUCAAUGCUCAAACAAGGGCAUAUGGCCGUCGGCUCGACGUUGUGGUUUGCAUUGGUCAAGCCAUGGGAGAUCAACAUCAAGGACCCGGCAGUGCUAUUCACCACCGUGUAUACGGGCCUCUCUUACGGCCUGGUGUAUUCCUUCUUUGAGUCCCUUCCUCAAGUCUAUCCGCCCGUCUACAACUUCUCACCAACAUCCACAUCUCUCGUAUUCCUGACAACCGCGCCUUCCGUGGGGACCGCCUUCGUCAUCCAAGUCUUGUACCUGCAGCGACGCGUUUUGCCCAGACUCCAGGCUGGCACUCUGGGCGAGCUCGAGAACUUCUUAUGGAGUGGCGUGCUCGCUGGUCCGCUGAUGCCAGUAGGCCUCUUCAUCUUUGGUACGUGUGUACCUUUCCAACCCUACGUCUUUACGUUCCAAUACCCACACCAACAGCAGCCGCCCCAACUAAUGAUCGUCCCAGGCUGGACAUCCCGCCCCUCAAUCCACUGGAUCGUGCCCACCCUGGGCAUCACCCUCGUAAUGUCCGGCGUCUUCUUCACCCAACAGUCCAUCUUCCUGUACAUCCCCUCCAUCUACCCCUCAUACACGGCUAGUAUCUUCGCGGCCAACAGCUUGGCACGCUCUCUCUUCGCAUUUGCGGCGGUGUUGCUCACGAGACCGAUGCUGGAGACGUUGAGUGUGAGGGGUGGUGUGAGCUUGUUGGCGGGGCUGACCAUUGUGUGUGCGGUUGGCCAGGUGGUCUUGUGGAAAAUUGGCAAGAAGCUGAGGGCGCGGAGCAGGUUUGCUGUCUGA